AUGGCAGAAUUAAGCUAGCAAAAUCCUGAGGAAAAUGUAUUAUCAUCUUUAACUCCAGAAUUCAGAAAGGAAUUUGAAUCUAGAUACAGACAAGAAAAACUGCUUGAAAAUAAAUUGCUCUUUGAUAAAGAGUGCUAUAUGUGCAAAUUUGUGACAGGAGGAUUGUUUACUCUUAUUGGAUCAAUAAAUGGUGUUAGAGUUGCUUCGCUAUGGAAAUUCUUCCCUUUAAAAGAGAAGAUCUUCAAUGUCCUAGCCAUUAGUUUUAUAUAUGGUCUCUCUUACUUAAGUUUCAAUGCAGGGUAUCAGAUUUAUAUGGGCAAGUCUAUGUAGAUGAUAGAAUACAGGCCAAGCUUGUCUCAAAGAUUGAUUGGAACUUACAAUAUGAUAGGCUCUUAGUCAAGAUAAGAAUAUUUAGAGAAAUAGAUUAGCUAUGAAGAGGAGAAAAUGGCUUUGUAAAAACAAUUCUAAGAUUAAUAGAAUAUCUCUAAAUUAUGA